AUGAGUUGGUCUUCAGAGGAGGAGGAGGAGGAGGAAGAGGAGGAGGAGGAGGACUUGGAGGAAGACGAGGGCUGUGAAAGAAAGAAGAAUCCGAGAAAAAGGGACUCGGCAGAGAAGAAAAAGAAGAAAAAGAAAGGUCAAAAGUCCAAGAAGAAAGAGAAGAAGAAGACGAGAAAGGACGACGAGAACUUUGCAGAGAUGUACAAACAGGAGCUUCUCGAUUAUCAUUCGGAAUCUUCCCGGGAAACUGAAGAUGAAUACAACAAGAAAAAAGUCUAUGAAGUGGUGACGGUGACUGGAGAUAUCAGAGGAGCAGGGACGGAUGCCAGCGUCUUUGUUACCCUCUUCGGUGAAUUUGGCAUCACACCAAAAGUCCAUCUGACCAGCAAGAGCAGUUCUGCCUUUGAAAGAAGUAAAACAGAUGUGUUUCGGGUGAAAACCAAUAACGUCGGCACCAUCCGGAAAAUAAGGAUUGAGCACGACAACACCGGAAUGAACGCCAGCUGGUACCUUGACCGUGUGAUUGUGACGGACAUGAACAGGCCCCACCUCCGGUUUUAUUUCCCAUGCAACAAUUGGCUGAGUAAAGACGAAGGGGACGGCCUUUACGUGAGAGAUUUGAUUGGCAGCCUGAACCCUAUGGAUGUUCCCAAAGUAAACAAAUACGUGGUCCGAGUCUUUACAGGUGAUGUCAAUGGCAGUGGAACAGAUGCUGAUGUUUUCGUUAACAUUUUCGGGCAGAACGGAGACACAGGUAUUGUGUACAACGUGGCAGUGGUGACCGGGGAUGUCAGAGGGGCAGGCACCAACUCCAAGAUUCAUAUCGUCAUGCACGGCUCCAAAGGGCUGAAAAACAGUGGGAAGAUUUUUCUGGAAGGAGGGAAGUUUGAACGGAGCAGGACCGACCUUUUCAACAUCGAGAUUGCGGCUCUCCUGAGCCCCUUAAGUCGCAUCUCCAUCGGGCACGAUAACGCUGGCAUCAGCUGUGGCUGGUAUUGCCAGAAGGACUGUGAAUCCAAAGAGGUUAAUGUACGGACGCUCAAAAAUCCUUGGUCGCUGUGGAUCUGGACAAGUGACAUUAAAGGUGCAGGAACAGACGCUCCCAUCUUCCUCCAGGUUUACGGUGACAAAGGAAAAUCCGAUGAAAUGAAAUUGGACAAUAACUCUGACAACUUUGAAGCUGGUCAAACUGACAAGUUCAUGAUUGAGCUUCCAGAUCUGGGUACUUUAUUCAAAAUUCGGAUAUGGCACGAGAAACGGAGUCCUUUUUCUGGCUGGCAUCUCCACGAGGUCACUCUUUUGAAAACCCUGACCAAAGAGAAGUACACCUUCAACUGUGGCCGGUGGUUAGAUAUCAAUGAGGAUGACAAUGAGAUUGUACGGGAGCUGGCAGCAGAAGGACCACUGGUGGCCGAAGUGAUGCCAGGGGACUCUGGGCAGCUUACAAACGAUAAAAUCAGAUUACAAUCGCAUGAUAGCCUGCAGAGGAAGCAGCCAACUCAUGGUGACAACUGCACUUCUCUUGUCAACAUGGCUGCCUUCUGCUUAUGGCUUGACAAAAAUGAGGAUGACGGCCAGAUUGUUCGAGAGCUGAUUCCAGAUGGGAGAUCGUCUAUGCUGGAAAAUAUCAGUUAUCACAUCAGUAUAAAGACGGGAGAUGUCCCAGGAGCCAGCUCAGAUUCAAAGGUUUUGAUCAAGCUGUACGGUGAAAAAGCAGACACCAAAAAGGAAUUUCUUCUAGUUUCUGAUAAUGACUUAGGAAAUUACUUUGAACGUAGCCGGAUAGAUAUCUUUACUCUGGAUACAAUGGACAUUGGGAAGAUCCACCGGAUUCUCAUCGGGCACGACAACGUGGGCCUCCAAGCAGGCUGGCACCUUGGCAGCGUUCAGAUUAUUAUCCCCGUCCACGGCAAGAUGUACAACUUCCCCUGCAACCGAUGGCUUGACAAAAACGAAGCUGACGGGAAGGUACAGAUUGAGGUUUACCCCAGCGAAAUCAUGGAGAUUGAGAAAUUGAUCAACUAUGAGAUCUGUACCGUUACCGGAGACGUGCGGAACGCGGGCACCAACGCGAAAGUCUUCCUGCAGGUUUACGGUGAGCUGGGUAAGACGGAGGUCCUUAUUUUGAAGAACAGGUCCAACAACCACGAGCGGGGAGCCUCGGAAAAAUUCAAGAUAGAAGCCGUUGAUGUUGGCAGAAUCUAUAAGAUCCGAAUUGGCCACGAUGGUGCGGGCUUUGCAGACGGAUGGUUCCUGGAAAAAGUCGUCAUUAAAAAAACGGGGACAAAGACCAGCGGGGUUUAUAAUUUUGUAGCCCACCGUUGGCUGGCGAGUGACGAAGAGGACAAGGAACUGGUUGUGGAAUUGACACCAGAAGAGGCAUGUGAGCUUAAAGGAACAAUCUACUUGAAGGCUUCUAAGACGAACCGGAACAAAUUUGAGCGAGAUAAAGUUGACGUCUUUACAGUGGAAUGUGUGGACCUGGGAGAUCUGAAGAAGAUUAAGAUUGGCCAUGAUAAUACAGGUCAUUCUGAGGGAUGGUUUUUAGACUGGGUAGAGGUGGAUGCCCCCUGCCUUGGAUUGUGCCUGAAGUUUCCGUGUGGGCGUUGGCUGGAUAAAGCCGAAGAUGACGGAGCGAUUGAAAGAAUCUUGUUUCCUGCAGAACUGCAAAGGAGGGCUUACCUCCCAUUUGUUCCCUACGAAAUCACGGUUUACACCAGUGACGUUUUUGGAGCAGGAACCGACGCUGACGUCUUUAUCGUUCUGUACGGGGCGGACGGUGUUUGCACUCAGCAGAAAGCCUUGUGCCAAAACAAGAGGGAACAAAGGAUGUUCUUCAAGAGGAAUUCCAUAAAUCAGUUCGUGGUGGAGCUAGAAGACGUGGGUGACAUCCUUGAAAAGAUCCGCAUUGGGCAUGACGGCUCAGGGAUCAACUCAGGCUGGCAUCUUGAUCAAGUGGACGUACGGAGGCUCUUACCCAACGGAAAGGGCUCUGAGAAAACCACAUUUCCCUGUGAAAAAUGGCUGGCAAAAUCUGAGGAGGAUGGUGAAAUUAUGAGGGAGCUGGUUCCAUCCAGAGUUUUUACCGAAAAACUGACGAAAGACGGCACUCUUAAGCAGAUUGAGGAAGAAAUUGACGACCCCCUGGAAAUCUAUUUGUACAAGGUCUCUGUUUUCACGGGGGAUAUUCAGGGCUCCGGAACGGAUGCGAAUGUAUUCCUAACGAUCUACGGAGACUUAGGCGACACCGGAGAGAGAAAAUUAAAGAAGUCUGAAACAAACGCCAACAAGUUCGAAAGAGGACAGGAAGACAUAUUCACAGUCGAAGCUGUGGACCUCGGAAGCAUCUAUAAGAUCCGCAUCCGCCAUGACAACACUCUGCCAAGGCCGGACUGGUUCUUGGAGAAAGUUGAGAUCCUGAACGAUGCCACCGCCUACCUCUUUGAGUGUGAACGUUGGCUGUCGAGAAAAAAGGAGGAUCUCAGCAUUGAGCGAGUCCUUUGGGAAAAAAAUUACGAUCCCGACUCCCUCAGCACUGGGAACACAUCCCUGAACCGAGAUGACAAUUCCAGUCUAAAGGACGAGAAGACCAGCAGAUCUGCACUUGAUGGGUCAC